CAGGAGGGAAGGAGCGGCAAGGCGAACAUGGCCGCGCAGUCGGACGGCGCUAAAGCCGGGCUCGGCUUCGGAGGCGGCGGCGCCGGUAAGGGCUUCGCGCAGCUGUACGACGUGGACGCGGAGGAGCCGCUGGACUCCGCCGCCAUUCACAUCUGCCAGUGCUGUCGCACCUCCGCCUGCUACUGGGGCUGCCGCUCCGCCUGCCUGGGCUCGCUGCUCGGCGGGGGUCAGGGCACCGGAGCGGGCGGGAUCAUCCGGGAGACCCACUGUCCGCCCCGGGAGCAGCUGUGGCUGGACUGCCUCUGGAUCAUCCUGGCUCUGCUGGUCUUCUUCUGGGACGUGGGCACAGACCUGUGCCUGGCCGCGGACUACUACCACCGGCGGGACUACCUCUGGUUCGGCCUCACUCUCUUUUUCGUGCUGGUGCCGUCGGUGCUGGUCCAGAUCCUGAGCUUCCGUUGGUUCGUGCAGGACUACACGGGCGGAGGGCUCGGGGAGGUGGAGGGGCUGAGCAAGCGGGGGGCCGUGGCUCUGGGCUGCCUCUACCCGGGCAGAGACCGCCUGCAGCUGGCCACCAUCUGGCUGUGGCAGGCCGUCAUCCACAUCCUCCAGCUGGGGCAAGUGUGGAGAUACAUCAGGACCCUCUACCUGGGCGUGAUGUCCCGGCGUCAGGAGGAACACCAGCGGCGCUGGUACUGGGCCAUGAUGUUCGAGUACGCCGACGUCAACAUGCUGCGUCUGCUGGAGACCUUUCUAGAAUCUGCUCCUCAGCUGGUCCUGCAGCUCUGCAUCAUGAUCCAGGAGAACCGGGCCGAGACGCUGCAGUGCGUCUCCUCCCUGGCCUCACUCCUGUCUCUGGCCUGGGUCCUGGCCUCCUACCACAAACUUCUACGAGACUCCAGGGAUGACCAGCGCGGUAUGAGCUACAGGGGGGCGCUGCUGCACCUCUUCUGGCGCCUGUUCACCAUUUCAUCCCGCGUCCUCUCGCUGGCGCUCUUCGCCUCCCUUUUCCACAUCUACUUCGGCAUCUUCGUGGUGCUUCACUGGUGCGCCAUGGCCUUCUGGGUGGUUCAUGGAGGCACUGACUUCUGCAUGUCGAAGUGGGAGGAGGUGCUCUUCAACAUGGUGGUGGGCAUCGUCUACAUCUUCUGCUGGUUCAACGUUAAGGAGGGACAGACGCGCUACAGGAUGGUGGUCUACUACACCGUGGUGCUGGCUGAGAACACCAUCCUCACCGGACUGUGGUACGCCUACAGAGACCCGCUGCUCACUGACUCCUAUGCUUCCCAAGCGUUGUGGGGCGUCUACCUGACCUUCGCCGGGGGCGUUCUGGUCAUGCUGCUGUACUACGGCUUCAUGCAUCCAGCCACGGGCCACCUGCAGCCCAGCCCCGCCUCCUCCUGCUGCGCCCAGCUGCUCUGGGGCCUCCCCCUGCCGCCGUCCGCCCCGCCCACUGCCCCGCCCACACCGGCCCACAUGACCAGGUCGCAGACAGAGGAGGACGUGGCCGAGACCUGUCUUCCCGUCUUCCAGGUGAGGUCAACGACUCCCACCUCCAAGCCCGAGGGCCCGCUCAUUAAGAUUGACAUGCCCAGGAAGCGUUACCCGGCGUGGGACGCUCACUACGUGGACCGGCGUCUGAGGAGGACCAUAAACAUCCUACAGUACAUAACACCAGGUGCUGUAGGGAUACGUUACAGAGACGGACCGUUACUGUACGAACUGUUACAGUACGAGUCCUCGCUCUGACACACACACACACACAUCAGAGAGAGUAAAACAGAUGUAUUCAUCACACUGGGUUAAAGCACACUGACAGAGAAGCAAUCAGACAAACACACAGCCAGACACACAAACACACACACACACACACACACACUAUAGAUUGUACAAUCAAACAACAAGUUCACGCAGUAUAUUUGAAACAAACGUUUUGAAGCCUCAUGAUUUUCAGUUAGCCCUGUUUUUUUGUUCCGACGUCUCUUCCAUCCAAACUCUUAUUGGAUGAUUCAGUCACAUGGCUUCCUCACCACGGCACUUACUUUUUAUUCAAACUUCUACUAUCCAUUCAAACUAGUAUCUGGAUAUAGUAACCGGGUUAGUAGAAGUUGAAGGCUAGAAACCUGUCGUCGAAUGCCUUAUGCUAACAACCAUAUUUUAUUGGUCCAUCAACUCUGGGUGAAUAAAAAAAACAAGACCGGAACAUUUAGAGAACGUUUCACGAGAAUUGGACAUGUGACAUAUUUCCACUACGGCAACUAAUAUUGCCUCCAUGUCGGCUGUAGAGGAACGUGACCUACUGACCUGAGAAUUAAUCAAAGUUAUUUGUCGUCCAUUCUCACGUUUGCAUCGCUGCGCGGGCUUCAGUCUUAGCGAACGAAAGCGAUUAACAAAGACCAAACGUUAGUUUUUGAUAAGGUUUACAUUGUCCAGGGUGGCGCUUUGGCCCAGAGGCAACGUCUCUGUCAUUGGUGUGGAACCCCAGGGUUCACCUCCUGGGCAAG